AUGAAAGUGUCAGGUGUCACUCUGCGGAAUGACUUCCAAUCUACCGUUCUUGUCGGGGGAUUGCAGCUGAUCGACCUGGAUGCUAGCCUUGGGUCCAGGUCACCGGAGCUCGGAACCGUUAUCGUGAACUUUUCGGUAAACCCUCCGGGAGACCUCGCCGUUUCCCUGGAGCGGUUGACGGCAGCGCUAUAG